CUCAUCGCCAUGUCGACCACCCUGGAUACGCUGCUGGACCAGCCCUUCCAGAAGCUGACCCCCGAGCGGCUGGAUGGCUGCGAGGACACCGCCGGCCGCUACAAGGUGGUCCCCUGUGUUGUCUGCUCUAUGUGCUGUCUUUUCGGCAUCAUUUUUUGCUUCUUUGGCUAUCGCUGCUUCAAAGCCGUGAUGUUCCUGACGGGCCUGAUGUUCGGCUCUGUCGUCAUCUUCAUGCUCUGCUACAAGGAGCGCGUGCUGGACACCCAGCUGAGCGUGGAGGCCUCGGUGGGCAUCGGCCUGGGCAUCGGCACGCUCUGCGGCCUGGUCACCAUGCUGGUCCGCAGCGUGGGCCUCUUUAUGGUGGGCCUGCUGCUGGGCUUGCUGGUAGCCGUGGCCACCCUGGUCGGCCUGGAGGAGCUGUCCGACAGCCCGCCGCGUUCCGUCUGGGUGCCCCUUGGCGUGCUGCUUGGCCUGGGCAUGCUGUUCGCCGUGCUCACUCUGCAGUGGCAGCGCCUCUUUACCACGCUGUCCACCGCGAUGUUCGGUGCAGCAGUGAUCACGGUGGCGUUGGACUACUUCAUAGAGCUCUUCGCCCUGGUGCUGUACAUGUACGAGCGGCUGAAAGCAGCACCUGGCAAACCUGUGUGCUGGCUGACGUGGGUGGUGCUCGGGGUGUGGCCUGCCCUCACCCUGCUGGGUGUCAUGGUCCAGUGGAAGGUGACCGCUGAGGGAUACUCCCAUACCAAGGUGAUCAUCAGCCGGCAGCAGAGGAGGAUGCAGGUGAUGCGGAUUCGUCAGCGCGACGACCGCUACCGCAGCAAGAAGAAGAAGAAGCAGCAGCAUGGCGCCUCCUCCCACCAUCAAAACCCGGCCAAGCAAGUCUCUGAGCCCGCCUACCGUCGCAAACCAAACCCCAUCCGCCGCUACGACACGGACGUCCUCUCGCCGAGCUACAUCCAGAGUUUCCGAGACCGGCAGGUGCAGGCGCAGCCCUUCCCGGGACGGCUGGUUAUUGGACCCCAUGCCGUGGUGGACCUGGGCUACGACUGCAGCUCCACGACUCCCCUCAGCGGAGCAGCGGGACCCUCGCUAAGGGCCUGA